AUGGCGUCAGGAAACCCUUGGUCCUCUACUCUCAUGUGUGUGUCCGCCCUCACUCUCCAGGUCCUCCCGACGGCCAUGAACACUACAUCUUCUGCAGCAUCCCCCUCACUAGGUGUAGAGUUCAUCUCUCUGCUGGCUAUCAUCCUGCUGUCAGUGGCGCUGGCUGUGGGGCUUCCCGGCAACAGCUUUGUGGUGUGGAGUAUCCUGAAAAGGAUGCAGAAGCGCUCCGUCACUGCCCUGAUGGUGCUGAACCUGGCCCUGGCCGACCUGGCCGUAUUGCUCACUGCUCCCUUUUUCCUUCACUUCCUGGCCCAAGGCACCUGGAGUUUUGGACUGGCUGGUUGCCGCCUGUGUCACUAUGUCUGCGGAGUCAGCAUGUACGCCAGCGUCCUGCUUAUCACGGCCAUGAGUCUAGACCGCUCACUGGCGGUGGCCCGCCCCUUUGUGUCCCAGAAGCUACGCACCAAGGCGAUGGCCCGGCGGGUGCUGGCAGGCAUCUGGGUGUUGUCCUUUCUGCUGGCCACACCCGUCCUCGCGUACCGCACAGUAGUGCCCUGGAAAACGAACACGAGCCUGUGCUUCCCGCGGUACCCCAGCGAAGGGCACCGGGCCUUCCAUCUAAUCUUCGAGGCUGUCACGGGCUUCCUGCUGCCCUUCCUGGCUGUGGUGGCCAGCUACUCGGACAUAGGGCGUCGGCUACAGGCCCGGCGCUUCCGCCGCAGCCGCCGCACCGGCCGCCUGGUGGUGCUCAUCAUCCUGACCUUCGCCGCCUUCUGGCUGCCCUACCACGUGGUGAACCUGGCUGAGGCGGGCCGCGCGCUGGCCGGCCAGGCCGCCGGGUUAGGGCUUGUGGGGAAGCGGCUGAGCCUGGCCCGCCACGUGCUCAUCGCGCUCGCCUUCCUGAGCAGCAGCGUGAACCCCGUGCUGUACGCGUGCGCCGGCGGCGGCCUGCUGCGCUCGGCGGGCGUGGGCUUCGUCGCCAAGCUGCUGGAGGGCACGGGCUCCGAGGCGUCCAGCACGCGCCGCGGGGGCAGCCUGGGCCAGACCGCUAGGAGCGGCCCCGGCGCUCUGGAGCCCGGCCCUUCCGAGAGCCUCACUGCCUCCAACCCUCUCAAGUUAAACGAACUGAACUAGGCCUGGUGGAAGGAGGCGCACUUUCCUCCUGGCAGAAUGCUAGCUCUGAGCCAGUUUCGUACCUGGAGGAGGAGCAGGGGCGUGGAGGGCGUGGAGGGCGUGGGAGCGUGGGAGGCGGGAGUGGAGUGGAAGAAGAGGGAGAGGUGGAGCAAAGUGAGGGCCGAGUGAGAGCGUGCUCCUGCCUGGCUCCCACAGGCAGCUUUAACCAUUAAAACUGAAGUCUGAAAUUUGGUCAACCUUGUAAGUGGGGUACAUGUGCUGUGGGUAUCGGGGUGCUCGUGGGCGCCCUGGUGGGGCCCCUCUCGGUAGUUGAGAGUCACGUCCUUUAGUUCCCCAUGAUUUACAAUUUUGGAAGGGACACAAAGAAACAUAGACUGCCCCCAUCCCAGAUGAUUCCGAGUAUAUAGUCUGCAGAUAAUACUUAGCAAAACGCAGUCUACAGACUCCUAAAGCAGCUUGUCUAGGAAGACCACCCAUGUGGGCUUAUCACUCCAGGUUCUGUGACCCGGGACCUUCUGAGAAAACAGCACUGCUGUGAAAUAUCUUCCCUGAAGCCUGUGAUAAGUCUCCUUGUUAGAAUGACUCCAAUUUCCUGCCAAUAAUCUUUGUCCUCUCCAUAGGAGAUGUUCUAGGGGAUGCCUUCCUUCCCUCCAUUUCACAAAGAGGCCAGACUUGAGGACUAAGUCAUUAGAUCUUAUCCCUUAGAAUUCUGCAUAUCAGCAUCUGCUAACCUCCACAACACACCCUGGCACAGGGUGGGGCUGAGGGCCCCAGGAAACAAAGAUUCCCAAAAGUGAGAGGGAUGAGUCAUUAUUUCCUAGAGAUGACUGUUUUAGAGAACCUUGGUCCAACUCUGUUCUGACAAGGUUUUAGGAAGAUGGCAACAACAGUGGCAGUAGUGUACUUUUUGGAUCUUUCUCAUAAAAAAACAAAAGAGCAAGUAAGAGAGGGAAACCAAAUAUCCACAUGCAACAUCUGCAACAAACCUAGUAUGUCAAGGUUUGACAUACUCCCAUGGACCCCAAAGUAUGAGCCAGUGAGAAUGAGUCAUCAAUACCUCAAGACCCAUAUACCAGCAUCUGUGCAGAAGGAUGCAGAAGGAAGCAAAGGGAUGUUGGAUGGACCUAAGAAGAGGAGAUCCCCAAGCUGUCUACAGAUCCUUACUGGAAAGUAUGGUGCACCAAUCUGAGAACAGCAGCUGAAACUGGGAGGGACCUAACGGAGUAUUUCCCAGUCCUCUCGCCCAUUCUGUAUGGUGUGCACAUCAUAGGUACUUAUUUAGUGUUUGUUGAAUUAAUAAAGUUCAAAUGACA